UCCGAGUUCAUUUUAAGUUCAUUUCGAUUCUCUCAUAACAAGGGUAAUUUCUUUAAAACAAAAACGCAAUUUUAAGGAUCUGCGGAAAAAAAGGAUUUUUCGAGGACCUGUUGGUUAAUUUGAGGAAUUUUGUGAUGUUUUUGCAUGAAAAUCUUGUCUCUCGUCUCGUGAUUGUCUUAAAAAAGUUCUGAAAGUCCAAUGGAAGCAUCGCCAAUAGCUACAAUCCUCGUCAAAUCCGACAGUAAAGGCGAUCGAUUGCUCUUCAGAUUUCCCAUUCAAAAGUCUACCGAAGAUGAACAGCAGAAACAGAGUGUUACUCCUGCUUCUCCGUUCUCGAUGGCAAAUAUUAGUCAACCAACGAAUCAAAAAGUUGAUGAUGAUGUCUUGUCUUCUGCCGCAUCAUUCCGUUCAAAUGUUUCAGCUGAUGGAUUGCUCAAGGGUUUGAAUGACGAAGUGCUGUCGACACUUUUUGCCGUGAAAUCGGAGCUUUGUAAUAGAAAAUUUGAAUUGAAAAUUAAUGAUUUGCGGUUUGUUGGAUAUCCGACGUUGAUACAGAGCUCAAAGUACAUGAUAAAUAUCGUUUUUGCACUUUAUGCGCAAGCGAGUUAUUCCAUAGUGAAAUGUUAUUACGAAUUAAGCAAAAGAUUGGGUUCAGCACUCACCUUCGAGGAGAAACGUUGCGAAUAUUUAAGCAAAGAAAUGGCUCUCAUGUUAAAAAUUCACGACGCAGUCGAACAGGAAAAGGAUAUAACCAAAGAAUGUGCCUUCACCCGAAUAAUUGACGAAUCCACGUUAGCUCAAUGCCUGAAAGACGUUCAUCUCGAGCUCUGUAACAGCGGAUUGCUCAACAUUACCAUCAACCAAUCGCUGACUUUGUGUUUUUGUUUGCCUCAAAAAGCCCAUCAAUUCCAUAAACCGGGCUCCAUGGUUGAACCUGAAGCCAUCGACAAAUGUCUCAACAGCUUAAAACCCUAUCACGGGAUGUUAUUGCUCGUUGAUCCAAUCGAUUUGCUGGAUUGCAUUCCGCCGUGCGGAGCGAGAAUCCUUUUGCAACUAAUAGAGGUCUACAAUCCAUUAAAAAGUCUUCAGAACAUGGCAUCGGAUGCGGAAAUGCUUAUCGAGCACGUUUACACGUUAGUUGGUCAUCUCGUUUAUUGGGCAAAGGCAAUUGUGAUUUAUCCGUUGUGCGAGUCGAAUGUUUAUGUGACGACGCCUGAUGCUCCCUUGCACACAAAUAGCGUUUUGGUUGAAAAAUUUGCCGCGAAAUUUCCCGGAAUGUCACUUUUUGAAGUCAUAAGCGACUUUUCGCUGCCAACAUCAAUUGGGCAUCUAACAACUCCGUUACAGCAUCCGUCGCGUCAAGGUCGUCUUGCGGAAAUGGUUCUUUGGAUGUUGAAACAUCAUCUUUUGAUGCAACUUCACACGUAUGUACAAUUCAUGACAACCAGCGAUGAGUUUGACGAGGAAUUGGCGCGUGAUAAAUGUCGCGCGAUUGAAAGUGCAGAACGUGAUACAAAUAGCAACAACACUAAUGGACAUAGUGCGGAAACGAUUUCGUCGGAUUUGAUGUUGCAACUAAGUUCAAGUCAUCGUUCAACUUAUAGUCCUUCGUUACCUGUCGACUUUGACGACGAUUGCAUCGAAAUUGACGAGAACGAACGAAUUAAAAAACUCUUGGAAAACUUUGAGGAACACGAUAGAAUUGCCAUUUCGAAAGUACCUGCAGCAAGUAACGUCGAAGAUCUCACUCUCAUGGUCAAACUUUGGCAAAAAGGAUAUUUCAAAGGAGAAGAUCAUUUGGAAGAAAUCAUUUACUUUGAAAAUCUCCGAAGAUCUCAACUUCUUCAGUUACUUGACAAAUUCAGAGACGUUCUGAUAAUGUACGAAACUGAAGAUCCAGCGAUUGCUUCUUUGUAUUCGUAAUUUUUUGGGGAAAAUACGGGAAUUUUUUUUUAUUAAUAAAGACUGUAAAAAUUGA